GUAAACCUCAACACUUGUUCUGAUCAGCUGGAACAAUAACAACAAUAACACAGUCGGUUUGGCGCUCAGAUUAUAACUUUUAUGGAUGGAUUUCAGUCAAGGUGAUCAACAAGGUGAUCCAUAUAAUUUGUUUAUAGGAUAUGUAGAUUUUUUUGGGGGGAAUAUUUGCCAUUAUUUCGGUUUUGUCGGAUUGGUUCGUGGGUAUGCUGACCAAACGAGAGGGUGAAGAACUGAGUUGGCUGGUAACGUUACUGCAGCAAGCUAGCUAGCAUUCUAAGGUGCCCUAAUUGUCAUUUGAAAGGAUGCGUAAUAAAUCCAGUUAUUCGUCCAAGGUAGCUGAACUAAAAGUUCAGGUUAGUGCAAUAUUGCGUUAGGAAGAAUACAAACUAUUUAGGUUCCUGAUUUGUUUGUAGCUAAUAUGUUGCUGGUACAUUUAGUCUGAAACUGAAUUGGCUUGUGUCUUCUGUCCCUUCCUAACCCUGAAGCCAAAACAACCACUUUUCUUGGCUAACAAUACCAGCUAGGUAGCUAACUAGACUAGCUAAGUUUUUCUAGGUCGUUGCAGUAUUCAAGGAACUCUGCUUGCUAGUAACACAGUAAGCAAAUGAUGAGUUGUGUUUACAAACUGUACCAAACGAACGUUAUUUUGAUGUCAACCAACGUUAGGUAGCGAAUUGACAAAGGGAAAGUAGUUGAUAGAUGUGGCCAGGCCUCACCGCACUCUCAUUGUUAAGAUGAAAACAAUAGAUUGCAUAGAAAAGCUAGCAGCGAGUUAGCACGCUAGCUAACAAUGAUGCAUGUUUAUUUCACUUUUGUAAACUAUAGAUAAAUUAUUCAAUAUAACAAUUUAUCUUGUAUAGCUACGGACUGUCACUACAGUCUGCUAGACUGCAGCUGUCCGAAAGCGCAACAACUGUCUCUAAGGUUAUUUUAUAGCUGGCUAAUUGUGAGGAAGCAUUACCAUGCAUUUUUGAUUUUGUGAGUUUUAGUUGUUGAAGCUUGACUGUCAGUAAGCUAAUGUUAAUAUUAGACAUGCUUAACCUCAGUAUUUGUAAACCAACUCUUCUAAUACGUUUGCACUAUUAUUCUCCCAAAUUAGAGAUGACUUGUGUCAGAAGGUGCUGAUAGUAGCAUAUCAAGCCAUUGGACUUGAAUUCUGCCACAAAAAUUGGACUUGAAUUCUGCCACAAAAGACAAUUUAGGGGACUAGAGCACCCCGGUUGUGUGUGCCAUGUCAGAGGCACUCAUAUCAGGUCAGACGUCGGAGGAUCUUUUGGCAGACUUUGAGUCUCUUUUGAAUGCUGGGAGUAUUGACCUAUCAGAGAACCACCAGAUAGUCAUAAUUUCCACCCCCAGCAAUGUGGGCUUAAACUCAGUUGUCCCCAGCAACACUGGAGAGAUCCUCCUGUUCGCUACCCCCCAAGGCCCUGCGGAUGUGGUCCAGGACCAGCGACGGCCAACUCUGGGACGACCUCCGGUGAAGAGGAAGCUGGACUUGGGCAGUGAUCACCAGUAUGUCAGCACCUCUCGCCCACCCUCUCUUGGGAGGUCCCCAACGUCCACACCAGCACCACCCAGAGUUCCAAAGCCUUUGACAGAGAAGUCUCGCUAUGACACAUCUUUGAACCUGACCACCAAGCGCUUCUUGGACCUGCUAGCCCAGUCUCCUGACGGGGUGGUGGACCUCAACUGGGCCUCACAGGUCCUGGAAGUGCAGAAGAGACGCAUCUAUGACAUCACCAAUGUUUUGGAGGGUAUCCAGCUCAUCUCCAAGAAAUCAAAGAACAACAUACAAUGGCUGGGGAAUCGCAUUGAUGGAGCAUCUGUUUCCCGUUACCAGGACCUACAGAAAGAGGUCUCUGAUUUGACACAGGCGGAGGAGAAACUGGAUGAGCUCAUUACCGAGUGUAACCUCCAGCUCAGACUCCUCACUGAGGAUACCCAGAACAAGAAGCUGGGUUAUUUGAUGUGCCAGGAUCUACGGAAGUCUUUUGACUCUCCUGACCAGCUGGUGAUGGUCAUCAGAGCCCCUCCAGAGACCCAGAUGCAAGUCUCAGAGCCCAGUGAGGGCUAUCAGGUCUCCCUGAAGAGCACCCAGGGUCCCAUUGAUGUCUUCCUGUGUCCAGAGGACAUUUCUGGUGUCUGCAGCCCAGUGACAGGCAUCAGCCCUUCUAAAGCCACAUACCAGAUAAUGCCCCAGCCUGCAGAACAACCACAGUGCAGUUCCACACAGGAAAUGACAUCGUCAACAGCUGCGUCCCAACAGAACUCCUCUCCACUGCCAUUGUUUCGUGAAGCGGGAGCAGUCCUGGAAUGUGACCCGUUCCCCAACUUGGGAGUGCUGCCAGAAUUUGACCUUUCACCCUUGUCAUCCUCUGACUUCCUCAGUGUGGAGGGCCUUGGUAACCCACUGGAUGGGUUCAUCAACCUGUCCCCUCCACAAAGCCACAGCUACCACUUUGGUCUAGAGGAGCAUGAGGGCAUCACUGAACUGUUUGACUCUGACUUUGGAGACUUCACCCCACUAGAGUUGGGGUGGAGAGAAACACCCACAGAACAAGAAUAAGGUUGUAUCUCUAUGGAAACACCCAAUACACACCCAUUUCCCCUCUCAGAAAAGUAUUCCCAUGUGGCUAAAAUACAGAAUUGUACAGCACAGACGGUAAUGGACCAUGUACAGCACAGACAGUAAUGGACCAUGUACAGCACAGACAGUAAUGGCACUUAAGUCGUCUAGCAAAAGAGGUUAGCUUUAGAUGGCUAUUUAAUUUAUUUCUAUACAGAUAAGGUUUUUGUACCAAUUUUUAUUUUAUUUGUCCCCUUAAGUGGCUUGAGAAGGUGUACUUGUGGGAAAUGGACUUAUCAGCUUGGAAGCUAAUACUGAAUUUGUUAUAUUAAGUAGGCAUUUUUGCCAUAGUCUCAGGUGUAAGGAAGAGUCAGACUUUUCUGCUAAGAGUUGGGUUUCAGAUGCAUUUUAAGAAGUCUUACAGUAUGUUGGCCAAUGGUAAUGGCAGGAUAUAGCCUAUGUAGGUUAAGAGACCUUUUCUAGAUUAAGUUUGGGAUGGGGGUUGGGAUGUCAUGCCUUAAAGCAGUGGUUCUCAAUCCUGGUCCUGGGGACCCAAAGGGGUACACAUUUUUGUUUUUGCCCUAGCACUACACACCUGAUUCAAAUCAUCAAAGCCUUUUGAUGAGUUGAUCAUUUGAAUCAGGUGUGUAGUGCUAGGGCAAAAAUAAAAUGUGUACCCCUUUGGGUCCCCAGGACCAGGAUUGAGAACCAGUACCUUAAAGGAAUGAUUCACCCGUUUUGAAUGUUAUAUCGUUUUUGUGCAUCUCUGAGCGGUGUUCUAUCGAUUCCCGGGGUCCUUUCAUGUUUAUCUAAGCUAUUGUCUUUUCAAUCUUGAGAUGCACAAAAACGCUUACAUUCAAAAUGGGCAAACCUUUCCUUUUAACAUUGAUGAGAUCUGUUUGGUAAUCUAAUUACCAAUAAGAAAAUAUGAUCUCUUUUAAAACCUGUCCAUAUUGGUCUACAGUUUGAACAUAUUGUUUUACCAGGCCUUACAUUUGGUUGAUUGUUAGUCAUGCAUUAUAUCACAGUUUGUCAUUAUCAUGAACCUUAUCACAGCUCCUUUUCUGCAGGUCUUAUGCAGUGCCUUAUAAAAAGAAAAAAUGUUGGAUGGAUUCAAUUCAGGUGUUAUUCUGUGUCUAAUUGAGGUGUUUGAAUGAAAGUGUUAGACUUGCAUUUCUUAACAGCAAAUUGUGGAUUACUACUAUUUGGGGCUGUCAGGCUACUGUACUUGAGAAUUCAGCCACUGUGUUAAAAAUGCUUAAGGGAAUUUAACUCUGCAGUCAAUUUCACAUUGUUCAGCGCUUUGUUUUAUAACAACAAUUACAAAAACUUUUUUUUUCACAAAUUCAGUGGUGAAAAUAAUUACUUGUACCAAUCCUAGUGGUUUAUCAAGCAUGUCUUUUGUAUCAAAUUUGUUUUUUGAAGAAUAAAAACAUUGCUAUAUGGGGUAGUUGAUGAUGAUAAAUAAAGUGAAAACAAACUGCAAAGA